AUGCACUUUCAGAAUGAUUACUGGUCUUCACAUCUGUCCACGGCUUCUUUAGUCGGUCUCUACAACGUACCAGUUAUGGCAAGGUUACGGCCUUAUCGGCAUCGAACUUCAAUCACUAAGGUUAUUCUUAACUGUGUGGUUAUUUUGGUUCUUAGUUCAGCUCUUCCAGUGCUCACAAGGGUUACAGGUGUUUCAAGUUUCGAUCUGCUCGGUCAUUAUGGCCGUCUGGAUUGGUUAGGGAAUUUUUAUCUGGUCCUUGCAUAUAAUUUAGUCUUCAUGGUUUUGACCGCCAGUUCUCUGGUGAUAAAACUAACUGCAAGUGUCAGGCGGAAACUAAUUAGUGGAUUUUUGUGA